AUGGGCGCUGACCUGGCGCUGGAGGCGUCACUUGAGGAGGUGCUCGACGAGGGCCUGCGGCGCCUGCACGAGCGCGGGACGUGGAAGCUGUGGCAGUUUGACGACAAGGAGUUUACUGAUGCCGAGUCGUUCCGCGCGCACCUCCACGAGCGCCGCAUCCCCCCCGAGCUGCUGCGCCUGCUGCCCAAGGACGACCCCCGCGCGCCCGAGCGCCCGGCCGAGGCGGCGCUGCGGCAGCGCAUGACGGAGCUGCUGGCGCGAUGCCAGGGGCUGGGGCGCGCGCUGCAGGAGGAGGAGCAGCCGGCGCCGCCGCGCACAGCCCGCCGCGGCCGCCAGCGCGAGCGCCAGCUGGUGUCUGAGGGCGCGCUCCUGCGCGACGCCAACGUCGACAUAAUCUGCGCCGUCGUGGAGGCGAUGGAGCAGGAGCACCCGCAGCUGUACGCGAGUGUGCUGCGGCCCGUGACGGCGUUUGUGGCCGAGCUGCUGGGGGAGGGGGUGCGGGCGACCAAGGCAGACGAGCUGGCGCCGGAGGACCUGGACAAGCUGCCGGCGGAGGAGGUCGCGCGCAUCUCUGAGUGGCUGACAGAAAAGGUGGAUGCCCUGAGCACCAAGACGCGCAUAGACCCCAAGGAGGACGAGGAGGAGGAAGAGGAGGAGGAGCAGAUGGGGGACGUGGACCUAUUUGCGCUGACGCCCGACGGCGGCGCGCUGACGGUCAACGCCAAGUGGCUGCAGCACCUGCAGGAGCGGCUGCUCGGCGACGACGGCCACCCACGAAAAGUCCGCGACGGCGAGGAUCCGCACAGCCUGGGCCUCGUCCUGGAGUGGGUCUACGGCUCCAUCGUCAGCACCGCCGAGAAGGGCCGCGACGGCGCCAAGCGGCAGCUGGGCAGCCACCUGCCCUCCGCGCCCGCCGCCUUCGACGCGCUCGCCGCCGCGCUGCGCGACCAGGCGGCGCUCGAGGAGCGGCGGCGCGUGGCCAAGGAGCUCCUUGCGGAGAUGCUGCGCAGCAGGCGCGAGGCCGCCGAGCUCGCCGCCGCGCACGGCUCCUCGCCGGCGGGCGGCGAUGCGGCGUCGGCGUUAACGGCCGGCGGCGAGGUCGCGGACGGGCCCACGGCGGCGGCGGCGGCGGCGGCGGGGGGAGAGCUGCCCGAUGACGUCAUCGUGCAGCUGCUGAAGAGGGAGGCGCUGCUGACGCGCGCCAAGCUGCACGCGCUGCAGUGGGAGCGCGGGCGGAUGGAGCGGGAGCUGAGGAGCCUGAGGACCCAGAUCAAGGCUGGCGAGCCCGAGCUGGAGCGGCUCAAGCGGGAGCUUGAUGAGCUGAAGCACGCGCCGCGCGGCCUGGAGGGCUCCUACCGCACCGCCGCAGAGAUGGAGCGCCAUAGGCACCAGCUGGCUGACGCUGCGAUAGAGGAGCAGCUGGAGGUUCAGACAGCGUUCCGCGAGCAGGGGUCGAAGCUGCAGGCGCUGUACGACCGCAAGCAGCGCACUGAGUAUGACCUGGUCAAAAGGGACAACGAGGUGAAGCAGCUCAACGGCUGGAAGGCCACAGUCGACAAUCUGGUGGAGCGCUUCCAAGACAUGCUCGCACAGAGGGCCGCCCUCGCGCCUGACGCCGCCGCUGCGGCCGCCGCCGUGGCGGACGUCGCCGGCGCAGGCGCGGCAACAGCUGCCGGCGGCGCCGAGGCGGGCAGCGGCGGCGCGGAGGCAGGCGCGGGCGCGGGGGAGGGCGCGGGCGGCGCGGAGGGGCGGCAGGCGCUGCAGGCGGCGAGCGUGCAGGUCCACAUCAAUAAGAUGAGGUGCGCAGCUCUGUGA